AUGUCGAGCGUCAAGUGUUCAAACAGACAACCAUAUACCAUAUUCACUUUUGCAAACUGUGAUAAUACAAAGAGUUUUUCAGACGGUCGGGUAAUGUCUCUGGUUUUUCGUGAAAUAGCACUUAGCAUCGUUCGACAACAAGAUAAUGGAGUUGCUGAUGAUGUCAUUGUUGGAUCUUUAGAAAAAACAUUUUUAGAAAUGAUGUUGAACAGUCAUUUAGAAAAAUUGGCAGGAUUGCUCUGUCCAGAUCUUUGUCGUGUUAAUAGCUAUGUCUCUGACGCUAUUAUCCAAGCUUUCCCUUCAGAUUAG